CGCGCCUGCCUCUAGUACUUCGGUACCCUUGCCCUCGACCGCCUCACGACCGCUGACCUUCCGCCUGCGCACCGCCUGAGCACCCCCCCUUCGCCCCGGGGCCACGCUCGCGAUACAUAUCCACGGGCCCCCAACCGGAGAGCCGCAUCGCCUUGAGCCCGUCCUGCACUCGCUCUGCCUGUCAUGUUCUCCGAGUAUGCAUCCAAAUUCCUCUCCCAGUCUCAGUCGCGUCUGUCACUGGGUCAGCCCGAGUCCACUUUGAACCGCAACGCCCCCGACAGGCAGCGCCCGUCGUCGCGCGCAGCCCAAGCAUACCUCCAGCGCCGCAACAUGCCCAACCCGUACAACUCGCAGGCCAUGAGCCGCUUCGCCUUUGCCUCGCGGACCUCAAAUGCACCCGCUCCAUUAUUCUAUUCAGCCACUGAUGACUUCCGCGAAGAGGACGACCAUGUCGAGCACGACCGGGAAAUGGCAGACCACUAUGCCCUGCAGCGGUCGCGGCGGCAGUUUGGCGCAAGCAACCUUUCCGAUUCAUCAGAGGUCGAAGACGACCUUGCCCAGCGAUCAGACCACACGAUAGAAGCAGACAGAGGCGACAACGACGCCCCUGGCUAUGGCCUAGGUCGAGGUAUCAAGAGUUCGUGGAUAGGCGACAAGCCUGCGCGUGGAAGAUCGACAAUUGCCAGAAAAUCCCACGACGAAGAGAGAGAUUCCAGCGUCCCGCUUUCCGAGACCACAGACCGCAGCAGCAGGGGAAGAGGCAAUCUGGUGGACGUCGAGCUGGAAUCCACAGAUCGCGGGAGCCUGGAAGAGCUGGAUCGCGACGAAUUAUUGGGGCACCAGGACGAACCACCGCCUUCAUUCCAACAAUUCCGGAACAUGCCAAGGCCAAAACGCGGUCGCAGUCCGCUGCGGAACACGCUUCCCAUUCCCCAGGAAACCGACGAAGACACGCUGCUCGAGCACCCACGGCCAGUGAGUCCGGAUCGCCAGACCGUGCCCGACGACGUACCGGAAAACCCGAUAUCGGCACCCCGACACAACUUUUUCUGGGCCGAGCUCUUCAUAAUCGUACAGUGUGCCAUUAUCGGCACAUGGUUUCUCUCGUUCCUGCAGGAGUCGCCGCCAAGCAAGAAGAAUCCGCUGGGCGACACCAUUUACACCGUUUUGCACUCGUCAUUUCAUCUCAUCGGCGUCUACUCGCUUGUCUCUGUCAUAGUCGGGGUCUUGUGGCUAUCGUUACUGCGGUCCUUUGCUCGGCCUCUGGUAAGCCUGAUGUUACUGGCCAUACCCGUCAUUUCCGUGUCCUUUUUCUUCUACCCUUUUGUUUCAAGCUUCAAGGGGUCUUGGCAUGGCGACAGCGUUCAGGACCGCGUGAUGAGAUGGUUCUCAUUCGGCCCACUGUGUUUUGCUGCUUUCUGGGUGUACACCAUUGUCAAGGCGCGGCAUUCACUAGAUAAAGCUGCCGGCAUGUUGGAGUUUUCUAGUGACAUAUUGAGAGCGCAGUUCCCGUUGCUCCUCGUGGGUAUCGGCUCAUUAGCCGCUGUGAUUGUCUGGUCCUGGAUCUGGCUCCUGAUGUUCACUCGCCUCUUUCUCGGCGGUCACUUUGCCAGCAACAAGUCUCGGUGGAUCAUCGACACAAGCACCUGGUGGCUUGGCAUUGCCUUCUUCUUGGACUACUUCUGGACCUUGGCCGUCAUUGCCGGUGUGCAGAGAGCAACGACGGCAGCAACAGUAUCCCAGUGGUACUUUCACCGCAACAGCGUGCCGGCGCCCGCGGCUCGAACCGUCGUCCAAGCCUCGCUCAGCCACGCGACAUAUACCAUGGCUGGCAGCAUCUGCCUGUCAACACUGAUUUCCCUUCUGGUCCGCCUUCCGCUCAUCGUUCUCCCACGGCGACUUGCUGGUCUGAUUGGCAUGUGCGCCUACUCAAUCGUGCCGACGCCGAUCGCUGCCUUGACGAACCCGCUCACCCUGACGUUUGCCUCGAUACAUGGCGUGCCUCUAAACCAGGCGGCACAGGGCCUCUCGCAGCUCAACUUUAUCUCUGCGGCAUCUCCAACUACGACUCUCGGUCCAAGUUCGUUUAAGAACCACGGUCGCCCAUCGAUACAGUCGUACCGGCUCGCCAAACUCCUCCUCCAUGCUAUUCGCUGGGUGAUUACGCUAUCACUCGGCUUUGGAGGGUGGGUUUCUACCGCACGCAUGCUGCAGAUUGGCAACGGCACGGUUCCAUACAAAGGCAGUCUGUAUGCCUAUGUGGUCGGCCUGAUUAGCGCCGCAAUUGGUUGGGGUGCCCUGGGCGCCAUGGAAGGUGUUCUCGGCGGAAUCCUGGAUGCAGUGCUAGUGUGCUGGGGCAGUGAGGUAGGGCGAGAUGGACAGGGCGAGGCCAGGUACUGUGUCGAAGCCGGCCGCCUGUUUGGCAACGAAAUCACCGGUCGUGGAAGAGCUAGGUAUGAGGUGUGAUGCAUUUUUUUGAUGUGUAUGAUCAUUGUUAGCGUUCUCCUUUGGUAAAUAUGGGUCACUCAACGGAUACGGGGCUUGGAUAUACCUCUUGUUCUGUUUUCCUUUGUUCUUUCCUUUGUCAUGUGACUCUGCUUGCGGCAUAGCAUGUAUGUAGCGGUCCUAUAGUUUUAUCCAAUUUGAAAGAGAGAGUUG